GAGCGAGCGAGCUCAGGGGCUGCUGCGAUCUCUCGAUAAGCCACCUAGAGGCGACUCUGCGCGCGCGCUCCCCAGUGGCUCCCGCCCUCCCUCUGAUCAUGUUGACAUUCACAGGACAGGCAGUAGUACCGAUGCGGCGGGGCGACGUUACAGUUUCCGACACCUUCUUUUUAUAACUCAGCUCUAUCCCCCAGCACUCGACCUGUGAAAACCACGCCUAUGCAGCAACACAAUUGGUCCGAAAGCGUUAAAGAGCCAAUCAAGAGGCCUCCGACUCCCCGCAGCCCACAGCGCAGCCCGACCUUCUAGAGCCGCCGAGCAGACGCCCGGCGAAUUCUAGAGGCGGAGGAGAGUGGCGAGGAGCUCUCGCUCUCUCUCGCUCCCUCCCUCGCUCCCUCCCUCCCUCUCCGACUCGGUCUCUCUCUCCCUCUCCCUCUCUCUCUCUCCCUCCGUUCCAUAUUUUCCCUCUCUAAAUCCUCCCUGCCCUGCGCGCCUGGACACAGAUUUAGGAAGCGAAUUCGCUCACGUUUUAGGACAAGGAAGAGAGAGAGGCACAGCAGAAGAACACAGCAAGAUUUGGAUUGAAACUGAGACACCCUCCGGAGGCUCGGAGCAGAGGAAGGAGGAGGAGGGCGAACGGAAGCCAGUUUGCAGUUCAAGUUUUGAUAGCGCUGGUAGAAGGGGGUUUGAAUCAGAUUUUUUUUUUUUUUUUUUUUUUUUUUUGAGGAGAGACUUUUUCCGCUCCCUCGCUCCCUUCUAAAGCCGGGUCUAGCACUGCUGCAGACGCCACCAGCGAGAAAGAGGGAGAGGAAGAGAGCUAGGGGGCGGGAGAAGAAGAAAAAGAAAAGGUAAAAAGUCUUGUAGGAGAACCUUUCACAUUUGCAACAAAGGACCUAGGGGCUGGAGAGAGAUUCCUGGGACGCAGGGCUGGAGUGUCUAUUUCGAGCUCAGCGGCUGGGCUCGGGCGCGAGUCGAGACCCUGCUCGCUCCUCUCGCUUCUGAAUCCGACUUUCAGGAGCGGCUUUUUAAAAACGCGAGGCACAAGGACGGUCACCCGUGAGACUAUGUUUCCUGUUUUUUCGCCUUGCCCUCUUUAAAAUCGGCGUCCCCUUCCCCAAAAGACACUUGCUGUACCCCCUUUGAAGUGCGUUAGUUGUGAUUUCUGCCUCCUUUUAUUUUUCCUUUCUUUUUCCCCCUUUUUGAACUAUGUGCUGCUGUUAAACAAAAAAAAAAGAAAAAGAAAAACAAAACAAAACACAGCAGCUGCGGACUUGUCCCCGGCUGGAGCCCAGCGCCUCGCCUGGAGUGGAUGAGCCUCUCCAUGAGAGAUCCGGUCAUUCCUGGGACAAGCAUGGCCUACCAUCCGUUCCUACCUCACCGGGCGCCGGACUUCGCCAUGAGCGCGGUGCUGGGUCACCAGCCGCCGUUCUUCCCCGCGCUGACUCUGCCUCCCAACGGCGCGGCGGCGCUCUCGCUGCCGGGCGCCCUGGCCAAGCCGAUCAUGGAUCAAUUGGUGGGGGCGGCCGAGACGGGCAUCCCGUUCUCCUCCCUGGGGCCCCAGGCGCAUCUGAGGCCUUUGAAGACCAUGGAACCCGAAGAGGAGGUGGAGGACGACCCCAAGGUGCACCUGGAGGCUAAAGAACUUUGGGAUCAGUUUCACAAACGGGGCACCGAGAUGGUCAUUACCAAGUCGGGAAGGCGAAUGUUUCCUCCAUUUAAAGUGAGAUGUUCUGGGCUAGAUAAAAAAGCCAAAUAUAUUUUAUUGAUGGAUAUUAUAGCUGCUGAUGACUGUCGUUAUAAAUUUCACAAUUCUCGGUGGAUGGUGGCUGGUAAGGCCGACCCUGAAAUGCCAAAGAGGAUGUACAUUCACCCGGAUAGCCCAGCUACCGGGGAACAGUGGAUGUCCAAAGUCGUCACUUUCCACAAACUGAAACUCACCAACAACAUUUCUGACAAACAUGGAUUUACUUUGGCCUUCCCAAGUGAUCACGCUACGUGGCAGGGGAAUUAUAGUUUUGGUACUCAGACUAUACUGAACUCCAUGCACAAAUACCAGCCCCGGUUCCACAUUGUAAGAGCUAAUGACAUCUUGAAACUCCCUUAUAGUACAUUUCGGACAUACUUGUUCCCCGAAACUGAAUUCAUCGCUGUGACCGCAUACCAGAAUGAUAAGAUAACUCAGUUAAAAAUAGACAACAACCCUUUUGCAAAAGGUUUCCGGGACACUGGAAAUGGCCGAAGAGAAAAAAGAAAACAGCUCACCCUGCAGUCCAUGAGGGUGUUUGAUGAAAGACACAAAAAGGAGAACGGGACCUCCGACGAGUCCUCCAGCGAACAGGCAGCUUUCAACUGCUUUGCUCAGGCUUCUUCUCCAGCCGUCUCCACUGUAGGGACAUCGAACCUCAAAGAUUUAUGUCCCAGCGAGGGUGAGAGCGACGCCGAAGCUGAGAGCAAAGAGGAGCACGGCCCCGAGGCCUGCGACGCAGCCAAGAUCUCCACCACCACGUCGGAGGAGCCCUGCCGUGACAAGAGCAGCCCCGCGGUCAAGGCGCACCUUUUCGCCGCCGAGCGGCCCCGGGACAGCAGGCGGCUGGACAAGGCGUCGCCCGACUCGCGCCACAGCCCCGCCACCAUCUCAUCCAGCACCCGCGGCCUGGGCGCGGAGGAGCGCAGGAGCCCGGGCCGCGAGGGCGCAGCGCCAGCCAAGGCGGAGGAGGCGCGCGCGCUCCCGGGCAAGGAGGCCUUCGCGCCGCUCACGGUGCAGACGGACGCGGCCGCCGCGCAUUUGGCCCAGGGCCCCCUCCCCGGCCUCGGCUUCGCCCCGGGCCUGGCGGGCCAGCAGUUCUUCAACGGGCAUCCGCUCUUCCUGCACCCCGGCCAGUUUGCCAUGGGGGGCGCCUUCUCCAGCAUGGCGGCCGCCGGCAUGGGGCCCCUCCUGGCUACCGUGUCCGGGGCCUCCACCGGCGUCUCGGGCCUGGAUUCCACGGCCAUAGCCUCUGCCGCCGCAGCGCAGGGACUGUCCGGGGCGCCCGCGGCCACCCUGCCCUUCCACCUCCAGCAGCACGUCCUGGCUUCUCAGGGCCUGGCCAUGUCCCCUUUCGGAAGCCUGUUCCCUUACCCUUACACGUACAUGGCUGCGGCGGCGGCCGCCUCCUCUGCGGCAGCCACCAGCUCUGUGCACCGCCACCCCUUCCUCAAUCUGAACACCAUGCGCCCGCGGCUGCGCUACAGCCCCUACUCUAUCCCGGUGCCGGUCCCCGACGGCAGCAGCCUGCUCACCACCGCCCUCCCCUCCAUGGCAGCGGCCGCGGGGCCCCUGGACGGCAAAGUCGCCGCUCUGGCCGCCAGCCCGGCCUCGGUGGCGGUGGACUCGGGCUCUGAACUCAACAGCCGCUCCUCCACGCUCUCCUCCAGCUCCGUGUCCUUGUCGCCCAAACUCUGCGCGGAGAAGGAGGCGGCCACCAGCGAACUGCAGAGCAUCCAGCGGUUGGUCAGUGGCUUGGAAGCCAAGCCGGACAGGUCCCGCAGCGCAUCCCCGUAGACCCCCUCCCAGACACGUCUCUUCAUUCCAGUCCAGUCCACGCUGCCGUGCACUUUGUUGGAUGUAAAAUAAACCACAGGCCCGCCAUGGCGUCAGCCCUUCCUUUUGCAGUUGCCCCUAGGAAGGGGCCCCCGGACUCCCUCGAGAGAAUGUGCUAGAGACAGCCCCUGUCUUCUUGGCGUGGUUUAUGCAUCUGGGAUCUGGAUCAGAUUCUGGGGGCUAAGAAACGUCGGUUGCAUUGAGCUCUUGGGGGUGGGAGUUCCAACAUUUAUGUCCAGAGCAACUUCCAGCAAGGCUGGUCUGGGUCCCUGCCCACCAGGCAGGGAG